AGUAGCAAACAACACGCAGUUUCGGUUUCUCUAUCAGAUUUCUGUUUUCUUCUUCUUCUUUCAUUCUCUAGCUCUGCGCUGAGUUGUAACAAAAACUCUCUGACCAUCACAAAGCAAAAAAAAAGCUUCAGCGAUCUUCAUCCUUUGGUUUUCGUAUCUCAAGUGAGAGAGAGAGAUGGGUUUCAUAAUGGAAUUCGCGGAGAAUUUGGUGCUAAGGCUAAUGGAGAAUCCGGAGGAUAGAGACAGGAAAGCAAGGGAACACAUAUAUGAGAUGCAUGAGAGGUGCAAGAAGAUUAAGGAGAUGUGGGCUUUACCUAUUCGUCCUUAUGGAUUCUGGACAUUUGAGCGUCACAAUGCUCAGCUACGUUGGGAUCCUCAGAUCAGUCAGGUUGCUGGUCGUAGGGAUCCUUAUGAUGAUCUCCUUCAGGACAACUACACUCCUCCUUCUUCAUCUUCACACUAAUCAAACAAUGUGCUUUCCUCCUUACAGUUUCAAGUUCAUUAAUGUCUCCUCUAAGCACAACUAGAAUUAGCUGCUGUGUGAGAAGUUGAAACUCAGUUUUUGACCUGUUUGUUUUGUCUAGUGUUUGUUUGCAUAUGUCUGUUAUGCUCUCUGGAUUGAUGGAUGCAUAUGUCUGUUUUCAAGCUAUUUUUCAGUAUUGUACUUCCUUUGUUUCCAUUUGUUCAUCAGGGAGCUUGGUACAAACUCAAAUAAUUGCUCAAAGACUCGUUUAUGAAUGAGAAGAAUAUUUGUUGGCUUUUUUAGUAAAGUUGUUUUGAUUGUCGUCCACCUUUGAUAUGAAAUAAUAAUUUCUGAAAUAUGAUCAA